AUGCCGACUGGCAAAUUGAAGAAAUUCGUCUCCGACAAGGGCUUCGGCUUCAUCACACCAGAUGAGGGUGGCGACGACGUCUUUGCGCAUACUUUGCAGUUCAGUGGUGACGGCGAUUCCCUUAGGGGCGGCGAGCGCGUCACAUAUGAGGCCGAGUGGGAUGACCGAAAGGGCAAGUACAGAGCUUCAUCCUGGGCGGUUGACAUGAGCGGUGGCAACGCUGUAAUGCACAGUGGAGUGCUGAAGAAGUACUUCCCCGAUAAAGGCUUCGGGUUCAUUGAGCCAGCAGAUGGCAGUGAAGAUCUCUUUGCGCACUCGCGACAGUUCACUGGUGGAGAUCCAACAAAUCUCACUGACGGUAUCAAAGUCAAGUACGAAGUGGAAUGGGACGCGAAGAAGGGCAAGAACAAAGCAGGAUCUUGGUGCCUCGACAACGGUGAGGCUGGCUUCUUUGGCGGCGGCUGUGGCGGCUGCGGAGGCUGCUGUGGUGGCUGCGGGGGUUGCGGAGGCUGCUGUGGUGGCUGCGGGGGCUGCGGUGGCUGCGGCGGCUGCGGCGGGUGUGGUUGCGGAGGUGGGGGUUUCGGCAUGGGUCAACAAGGCUUUGGAGGUGGCAUGGGCUGUCCACAAUACGGUGGCCAGGGCUUUGGUGGGCCUGGCAAUGGCUAUGGCCCCGCAAGCACUCCUCAGAACGACCCACGCUUCUCGCCUUACGGAGCUCCGCAACAGGGUGGCUUCGGAGGAGGCCAGGCACCCAUGAGCCAGCAGGCACCCAGCUCCUCUCUUCCCCCAGGCUGGGAGCAGACAACCGAUCCAAAUAGUGGCAAGACCUAUUACUUUAAUCGGACAACAAAUGAGACCAGCUGGACCCCUCCGGCAGCACCGGCUGCGGCGCCCCCGGCACCCCAGGCUGGAAGCUCUCUGCCUCCUGGCUGGGAGCAAGCCACUGAUCCAAGCAGCGGCAAGCCGUAUUACUUCAACCGGUCGACGAACGAGACGAGAUGGGAACCACCAACUAUGUGA